AGAAUUAAAAGCACUCGUGUGGAGUUCGGGUCCAUUUCGUCAGGGCCAAAAACAUUGAAAGAAGAAGAAGAAACAAAAACACGGGAGAAAAAUUUGGAAAUUCUGCGAAAUUCACUGAUAAAAAGUCUCAAGUGCCGUUUUAUCGCUCAAUUAGUUGAAUCACCUCCAUUAUUGGCAAUCGGACGACGCACAGCGUAUGCAAAGGAACGUAUCACACAAUGUUCAAUAGUGAUAAGAAGGACGUGAACAAGGACUUUGGCGGUCCUGGAAAUUUUGCACCGGCACCAAAUGCUCAGCCGACUGCACCACACUACCCAUGGCCCCAUGUGCCGACUGCAGAGUACUACCCUCGCCCGCCGGAGGGGGCUCAAAUGUGGGGCCCACCACCCAGUUAUGAUCAUGUGAUGCAGCAAAAUAUUCCCGUUUACCCAGCGCAUUCGGGCCCCUUCCCCGGCCUGCCACCCGGCAUGGCAAAUCCCUAUGCACCCCAGCAGGUGCCUGGUGCCAUCUAUCCGCCCCCCUUUGGAGCCCCUCCCACAUUCCAGGCAGUCCCCGCGGGUCCGCCACCCGGGAUCCCCGCGUAUGCUCAACAGACCGUGCCCCAGGUUGCUCUCUUUGAUCCUGGCGCUCGAUUCUCUGGGCAAGGGGGUAGCUCAUUUAGUGUGCCACCCCCACCGCCGGGGUAUGCUCCAUCAGCUGCCCAGCUGGCCGCUAUGCAGGGACAACCCGUGCAAGUGCAGAAGCCAAAGAAUAACUUCUUCACCGGCGGCAAAGGAUCUGGCUUCACAUUCUGGUGAUUCUUCCCCCAUCGGACGACGGAAUACACCACACAUCUUCUCCCAGAGAAGAAUCUCCGCGUGUUUUCCAUUUAUCUGUUUUUUUUUUUAUUGUACACAAAACGAUUAUUUUUGCGCUGAUUUUUUUUUGUCGCGACGAAAUUUGAAGUAUGAAAUAAAAAUUUAUUGAAUUUGCGCCUUCAA